AUGAAACGGACUUUACGAAUAGGAACAUGGAAUAUUCAAGGGAUAGCAACAAAGAGAGAAGUAUUUAAAGAAAUGGAACGGUACGAUAUGGACAUAAUAGCUCUAACAGAGACUAAGAAAAAAGGGAAAGGUACAGAAGAGAAGGAUGGAUAUGUGCAUAUAUACAGUGGUGUACCAAAAGAGGAUGUAGCAGCCUAUGCCCCAACUGACGACGCCCCAGCCGCCGAGAAGGACACGUUCUUUUUUGAUUUGACGACAACCUUGGAAAAGAUUGGAAGUCGAAAGGAGGUGAUUCUAAUUGGCGACUUAAAUGGCAGAACAGGUUUUAAAUUAAAUAACCCAGUAGUAGGACGCUACGGAGAACACAUUGUAAAUAAUAAUGGUGAAAGACUUAUUCACUUAUGCGAACAACAAGCACUCAGGAUUGCUAAUGGAUGGUUUCCACAUAAAGAUAUCCGCAAAUAUACAUGGACGCAACCCACACGAAAUCUAAAAUCGUUAAUUGAUUAUAUAAUUGUUAGGCAGAAUACUCAACUGAAAAUUUCGGAUGUCAGAGUAAUGCGUGGCCCAGAAUGUGGUACUGAUCAUUUCUUGGUAGUAGCAAAAUCUUAUUUUCCCAACAAACAAAAAAUGCAAUCAAAUGGUUUGCCUGAGAAAAAUGGAACUCUAUUAAGUAACGUCAAGUAUAAUAUCGAAAGUUUGAGGAAUGACUCAACUAAAUUCUUGUACCAGAUGAGACUAGCCACGAGAUUAAACAGAAUAGGACAAGGAUCUCCAAAUGAUAUGUACGAAGGUCUGAAAACGUGCAUACAUGAAGCCACAAAUGAGGCUCUUGGAGAGAAAAUAGUCUCCACGAGAUACAGAAAAGACACACCUUGGUGGAGUGAAGAACUAGGAAAGAUUGUAGAUGAAAAGAAGGCUGCUUAUGGGAAAUGGUUAAGUACACAGAGCACUCAAGACAGACUAAUUUAUAAUGACAAGAAGAGAAGUGUACAGAAGGAAAUAAUAAAAGCAAAGAAUGAGUACUGGGAAGAAAGAUGCCAAGAAGUCAACUUAGAAGGUGGAAACACAAAAGCAAAUAAAGCAUAA